GCGAAGAACCCUAAAAAACAAAGAGCCCUUGAAACAGAGGGGAUGGAGUUGUGAGGAAGCUUGAUGGGAAGCGCGGCGAGCGGGGACGUGGACGCCAAGGUGCUAGCGGCGGGCAGAUCGGCUUGCUACAAGGCACGCGACGCGUUCUUCCAAUGCGUGGAGAGCUCCAAGGGCGCUGCGACGGAGAGUGGGACGGUGGGGCUGCUCUAUCCGUCGGAUUGCAAGCACAGCCGGGCGCAAUUCGAGAAGAUGUGUAGAUCGACUUGGGUGAGGCAUUUCGAUCGGCAGCACUGUGCGAAGAAGAGAGCCCAGCGAAUGCUGGAGCCCGAGACUCGAAGUGGUCCCAUAAACAUCCCACAGGCUACUUGAAUUCUUUCUCUAGCUUUUCUCGAGAGAUGUAAAUCUAGAUGAGGGACGAGCACGAAUUUUGGUAGCUAAAAAGAAGCGUUUUUUCUUGGUUA